UCCACUCCCUCUCUCUCUCUCUCUCUUCCCCCAUAGAUUAUUCUUCUUCUUCUCCUCUUCUUCCUUCGAUUUGGGUUUGCUCUCGUUAAUAAGCUUUCCCCAAACGCCACUUGUUCUGUGUUGGAGGCUUUGUAAUGGGGAUUGUAUAAUAUGCUCUCAGGAUGAGUUUCUCUCAGUCUCAGGCCAUUCGCCUCAAUCUUGCUUCCUACUCCUCUCUCUCUCCCUCCGAGUAUUGGUUGACGAGAGUAAACCAGAAGCAGAAGAGUCUUGUCGCGUUCCCGAGCAGUACAAUUGGAAAGAGACAUGCUUUACUGAGUGUUCAAUCAGUCCUGAACAAUACAAGACCUAACAUCAGCGAUAAUGGAACAGCUGACUCUGCAAAUGCUCUUGUCGAGAAAUUAUUCGCUCGGACACAGAGAUUGGGGAGACAAACCAAUCAACACUCGGUUUAUCCUGACGAUGAUCUGAACUAUUCAAACCUUGGAGUGCUCGAGCCUGACCUCGAGGCUGCUCUAGUGGCCUUGUUGAGAAGGGAAGAGGACUUACAUGAUGCUGAGAGGAAGCUUCUCUCUGAGAAAAAGAAGCUUAACCAGGCAAAGGAGGAGUUAGAAAAACGUGAGAAAAUAAUCGGCGAAGCUUCUUUGAAACAUGAAAGUCUACAAGAGGAGCUGAAGCGGGCAAAUGCAGAGAUAGCUUUACAAGCCAGAGAGAUAGAAGAAUUAAAGCAUAAGCUUAGGGAAAGGGACGAGGAACGUGUUGCUAUGCAAUCGUCCUUGACUUUGAAAGAAAGAGAACUAGAUCAAAUGCGUGAAGAGAUUGCAAUCAGAAGCAAGGAGGUUUCUGUGGCUAUUUCUGAAUUUGAAAGCAAGUCACAACUCUUAAGCAAAGCCAACGAAGUUGUCAAGAGACAAGAAGGUGAAAUACAUGCACUUAAGAGAGCCCUAGAGGAGCGGGAAGAAGAACUAGAGAUUUCUAAGGCUGCGAAGAAACUUGAACAAGAAAAGCUCAGCGAAACAGAAGCCAACCUGAAAAUGCAGACAGAAGAGUGGCUGAUUGCCCAGGAUGAAGUGAAUAAGCUUAAGGAGGAAACCAUGAAACGCUUAGGAGAAGCCAAUGAAACCAUGGAGGACUUCAAGAGAGUGAAAAAGCUUCUGACUGAUGUGAGAUUCGAGCUUGUUUCUUCUCGGGAAGCUUUGGUAUCUUCCAAGGAGAAAUGGGAAGAAAAGGAGCUACUAUUAGAAAAACAAGUGUAUGAGCUCGAGGAACAGAGGAAAAGUGUGUUGUCAUAUAUGCAAAGCUUGAGGGAUGCUCACACUGAAGUAGAAAGUGAGAGAGUAAAGCUCAGAGUUGCUGAGGCUAAGAACUUUGCACUUGAGCGGGAAUUAUCAGUCCACAAAGAACUGCUGGAGGAAUUACGAGAAGAGUUGCAGAAAGAGAAACCAUUGCUGGAGCAAGCUAUGAAUGAUAUAUCCGUUAUUCAAGAUGAGCUUCAGAAAAAAGCUAACGCGUUUCAGGUAUCACAGAAUCUACUUCAGGAGAAAGAGUCAAGCUUGGUAGAGGCCAAACUAGAGAUUCAGCAUUUGAAGUCUGAACAGGCUUCUCUAGAACUAUUACUGCAGGAAAAGGAUGAAGAACUCACAGAAGCUAGAAAUAAAUUGGAAGAGGUGAACCGGGAGGUAACACAGCUAAAGGCGCUUAUGACCAGUAGAGAAGAUCAGCUUAUGCAGGCAACUGCAAUGCUGAAGGAGAAAGAUGUCUACCUUCACAGAGUAGAAGAUGAGUUGGGCAGUUCCAAGCUGAAGGUCUCGGAAGCUGAAAUGGUGGUGGAAAGAAUUGCAGAAUUGACGAGUCGACUGCUUCUGUCAACCACUAAUGGUCAAAAUCAGAACACAGUGAGGAUUAACAAUGAGAUUAGUUUUGGCUCGAUUCAGCAACCACUAGAUAAUGAUUACGGAAUGGAGAACAAACGGCUAGUGAUGGAGUUAAACUUCACCAGAGAAAGUCUACGGAUGAAAGAAAUGGAAGUUCUAGCUGUGCAAAGGGCUUUGACAUUCAAAGAUGAGGAGAUCGACGUGGUCAAGGGCAGAUUAGAAGCCAAGGAGCGGGAACUCAAGAAAUUGAAAGAAGAAACGACUAAUGACAGUGAAGAGUUGAAAAUGCUAUAUGCCUUGGCACAAGAGAGAAUCGGAGAGAAAACAAUGGGUGAUCUGGCCAUAGAGAAACUUCAGCUUGAGGCAGCUCAACUUGAAGUUGAAGCUGCGACCAGUGCUUUACAGAAGCUUGCAGAAAUGAGCACAGAACUUUUGACUCAAGCUGACAUGAGCAUUGAGGCGGAGCCAACUUUCAUUGUUACGCCAGCAAACAGGUUUCAACAGGAAAUAUAUUCAGAAGAAAGUAAUGACUGUCUUGCUGAGGUAAAAGCAGAAGUUGGCAAGCUCUGGUCCUUAACAGAGAAACUCCUGGAGAAUGCAGGAAUCGUCGCUGGUACAUCCACAGGCAUGUAAGGUGUGACAUAGUGAAGCUUGAUUUUGCAGAUUAACUUCAUAAGCGUGAUCUGUAUGAUUCUUUUGUGGAUAUGUAGAAUUACCUGAGGUUAAAUAUAUCGUCACUACUUGUCACUUGUCACUAAGCGUUCUAAAAACUGAGAUUGUUCAACAUACAAGGUUUGUAACAUCAGUUCUUGAAAAGGUUAGAUUUGUAACAAAAGAUUUGUACCCUC